GCAGCUAUCAGUGUUGAGGCUCUUUAUCACUCCCGUGGCAGAACUCCCUCCCUUGUUAUCGUCAGGCUGUAUGCCGCCCACACACUGGUAUCUUUCGUGUAUCCGCGUCCCCGCUCCCUCAUAAUGCCAACCCUUCCUCUGCUGCCGUUCACUGCUGCUGUCACCGCUGCUGCUGAGGAAGAAGCCCCAAGAUGACCUCAUGGCUGCUUCCCAAGGCAACUCAACUGUUCCGGAAAUAAUAAAAAGGUUCGUGGCGGCACGGAUGGAGCAGCGGUGUCACUGGUGCUUCGCGGACACGGCCGUCACCCCGCGCGCCGUGUCUCACCCUUGCGGCCACAACAUCUGCGUGCGAUGCCACCCAGGGUCCGGGCCCGGCGGGGGCUGCGUGGUGUGCCAGAUCAAGCUGAAGGAAAUGCGGGGAGGCUCCAAGGCGCUGGAGGAGGAGAGAAGGAGCCACCUCGAGGAACAAGAACAGUGGAGAAAGAAGGAAAUAAAGCUGCAAGGCGAACUGAAGCUACAUGAAAAGACAGAGAGUAAACUGCAACAGGAAGUGUCACAACUGAAGAAGGGGCAGAGGGUGCUGGAGGAGGAGCUGAAGGGAAAACAAGAACUGGAGGGUAAACUGCAACAGGAAGUGGCUCAGCUGAAGAAGUGGCGGAGGGUGCUGGAGGAGGAGCUGAAGGAGAAACAAGAACAUCAUAGAUCAUCCGAAGAAAGGCUGUUGAAAGAUAUAGAAAUCUUGAAACUGACGAUCGCAACACAUGACGGUGAGACGACCCUAAGGAGAAAGCAAGAACGAGAAAGUAAACUGCAACAGGAAGUGUCACAGCUGAAAGAGCAGCGUGGAGUGCUGGAGAAGGAACUAAAGGAAAAACGAGAACAUCAUAAAUCAACCGAAGAAAGGCUGUUGAAGCAAAUAAAAACUUUGAAACAGACUAUCGCAAAACAUGACGGUGAGAUGACUCUGAUGGAGAUGACUAUGGAUGAGAAGGACACCAAACUCGAGGAGAUGAAGCUGGAGUAUCAAGACAACUUAGCACAGCUGACAGAACAGUAUCUCACAGAGCAGAACAAGGCAGUGCAGCAGGAAAGAAACGCUCAACAGAAGAAGAUGGAAACAAUGAAACAGGAAAUCACCGACCUUAAGGGAGAGGUGACGUGUUUGAGAGAGGUUAAGAAAGCACAAGAAAAAGAGAUCACGCACUGGCAGCAGGAGAACGCCAAGCAGAAGAAAGCAGCACACCAAGAUCUGGAGGGAAAGAUGAAAGAGUUACAGCUCCGAGUGUCUACCAAAGAGAAAGAAAUGCAACGCUUGGAAGAGGAAAAUCGUGUUAUUAAAACGAAACUGCAGCGAUCGAUGGAGGACUUAACCAAAUGCAAUGAACAGGUUGUACGUCUGAGAGAAGCACAUACCCAACAUCUUGUGAAGAGAGAGGAACACAGAGAAGAAAUACUGCAGCUGAAACAGGAGAUGAGGAGCAAGGAGGAAGAAGCCGCAGCGAAACUGGAAGAAAUAACAAAUGUCUACAAUGAGAAAAUCAAGAAACGGCAGAAGAAAGAAACCGAGCUAGAAAACGAUAAUGCAAGACUGCUCCAAAAAGACAUUCAGCAACAGAACAGGUUAGCAGCAGCGAGGGCAAGGCAGGAGAAGGUGCGAGGCUUGGUGAGAGAGAUAGACGGCCGCCAAAAGGAGAUAGACGGACUGGAAAAGGAAGAAACCAAGCUGAAAAAUAGGAUGACGCAGCUGAGGAGAGGAACAGACACCGAUCUACUGAAGAUAUUCGAACUGGUGGAAGAGAAAAUCACUCAGCCUCAGGAACCUGCAAAUCCUGCCCCAAAGAAAAAGAAAAAGGGAAAAGGAAAAUAAAUGAAGAGAAACAGAAAUGCAAAGAGGAAAUACGUUAUACCAGUAAGGCAGAGAAAGGUAGCAAUCUAUAUUUAAUGAAUAGGAGAGGAAACACGACGACAUUGUUACCACACGAGGAAGACAUCUUGAAAAAAAAGGGAAAAGGAAAAUAAAUGAAGAGAAACAGAAAUGCAAAGAGGAAAUACGUUAUACCAGUAAGGCAGAGAAAAGGAGUAGCCUAUAUGGAAUGGAUAGGAAAGGAAACACGACGACAUUGUUACCACACGAGGAAGACAUCUUGAAAAAAAGGGAAAAGGAAAAUAAAUGAAGAGAAACAGAAAUGCAAAGAGGAAAUACGUUAUACCAGUAAGGCAGAGAAAGGUAGCAAUCUAUAUAGAAUGAAUAGGAGAGGAAACACGACGACAUUGUUACCACACGAGGAAGACAUCUUGAAAAACAGGAGGUAAUAGAUUAACCCAGGACGAAAGAGCGUAAAAUCGGGGUCAUGGGCUGCAGUUGCGCGUGGCCUCGGUGCUCAUCUCUGUCGCAUUGGCCCUUGAGUCUGUCGUGGGUAAGAGAAGCGUCGCAGGAACCUAGCAGAUAGUAGUAGUAGUAGUAGUAGUAGUAGUAGUAGUAGUAGUAGUAGUAGUUGUAGUAGUAGCAAAGAGUAUAGAUAGUAAAGAGGGGACACUCCCGCGCUCUUCUAUGGAAAACCUGUAACAGCCUACGAUACAGCGUUCUCAAAUUAUCGUACUCAUCGCAUUGCAUUUUCGUAGUUUCUGACCGAUAACUGUAGCAAAAAAAACAACAA